AUCGGAAGCUAAGUAAAUUUAAAACUAUACAUUAUACAUGUAUAUAACAGUAAUGGAUAUAUUAAAGCUAUCUAAUGUAAUAAUAUUUAUUGGAUAUUUAUUGUGUAUCACUCUAUCCACUGAAGAAUCUGUUGAUGAAAUCGACCAACAUAUUUAUUUAAAAGUUCCACAUGGUGUAGCAGUACAAUAUCAAUAUCCUAUGAGAGCUGGUUAUUCACCGGGUACAUUAGGAAGUGAACAUAGUGCUAUCAUAAUACCACCAGAAAGUAGUAGAAAGAGUCAGUUAACAUUUUUAUAUCAUGAAUCAAUUGAUGAAUACAAGAAAUUAAGAAAUUAUGAUGAGAAUAGAAUAAAAGAUUUCCAUUACAAAUAUUAUGAUAGUUUGAUUAAAAUACAUAAAUUAAAAUUGAAAGCAGAUGAAAAAAACAAAAAGUUCUAUAACUAUUUAAUAUUGGAACUAUCAAAUGCAAGAUUACAAUAUAUGAUGUAUUAUUGUACAGCACGAUUGGAAUUUACUAAACGUUUGGAUAACACUAAUGUUAGUUAUAACAUCAUUCAGAUAGCUAAUUCUGCUGAUAAUAAUAUUAGUAAUAACCAUUCCACUAAAAGGAAAGAUCCUUUAAUCAGUCAAUAUGAUAUACAUCAAUUUUGUCCUAAAGCCUGUGCACAUCGUGAAGGUUUGGGAUUUAAUGAGAAACACAGAGCUGAAUUAGAUCGUUAUAGUAGUUUGUGUAAUUCACCUUCAAACCUAAUGACAACUUUAUCACAACGAUGUAUUGAACAAGAUUAUCUUGGAUUAGUACAUCUUCAAAGCUUUAAAUGUGAAUGUCCAAAAGAUUUCAUAUGGAAAGAACAAUUAAAAGCAUGCUAUUUACCUUAUGGAUGGCGUCAAAGAGCUGAAAAAGUAAAUAAUUUAAUCAGUAUCAAAAGAAAUGAUCUUUUUAAAUAUACUAUAGAGAAUAAAUGUUCACGUAUUGGAACAAAAUUUAUCCUUCCAAUAGAAGUUAACAUUAAAAAUUCAAGUCAAUCAAAUCGCAAUAUUUUAUAUCAUACUGAAAGAUGUAUAUGCAAAGAUGAAUAUUUUGGAACAUAUUGUGAUCAACAAAAGGAUCCAUGUAAAAUGCCAGUUGGAAAUGUGAUUAUGGGGGAUAUCGCUUGUAGAGUUGCGGAUGGAAAUAAGUGUAUACCCAGUAAAGAAUUCGGUACUUACACUUGUCAGUGCAUAAGAGGUUAUAAAAAAUUGGUAAACACAACUUUACUACCAAGGGAACGUGCAUCAGACAAUUGUUUAAUUCGUGUUGAUCCUUGCAUACUGGAACCAUGUAAACAUGGUAUUUGUGUAAUGAGUGACCAUGGUUCAGUUGAGGAAGAAAAAGCCAAGCUCAAAGGUAUUUCCUUUACUUGGUUUGAAAAUAAACCACGCUUAAUAGCACGUUGCAUUUGUGAUGAUGGAUGGAGGGGUGAACGAUGCAGUCUUCCUGUAUCAAAAAAUAUUUGGUCAUUAUGGUCACCAUGGUCAUUCUGUGUACCAUCAUGUCAGUCAUCAUUUACUCAAGUGCCUCCAAAUCAUUUUCCAGAGAAGUGGGAAUAUGGAGUAGGCACCAGAAGAUGGGGAAUGAGACAGCGCAGUCGAUACAGAGAUUGUUUAAGUAAGGCAUCUGACUGCGAUGAAGAAAUACAUCGAACUGCUGGUUAUCGUAGGUUUGUGAACAGAAAUGAAGUUAUUUGGCGACAGUAUGAGCACCGAGGUUGUAGACCAAGACCGUGUGAUCGCCAUCUUUAUUUGGCCUCAGGACUUCAAGCUACACAAAAAUCACGUCUUUCAUCGAAAGCAGAAGAAAUUUUCUACCAAUCACAUACUGUUUUAAUCUGGACAAUGCUAACGUUCACAUUUGUAUUCGCUAUAUUUGCGUUCAUAGCUACACUUGUAAUUAAAAUGUUUAGCGAACGUAUAUACCGUGUUAAUGCAUAGUUUUCCACAAAUUAUGUACAUUAUUAUACACGAUUUGUUGGUAUUAAAGUUCAGUAAUAAAGCCUUCAUUCAG